AUGGCUCGCUUCGGAGACGAGUCCGCCCCGAGCACCGUGGACUCUGGGGACGGAGACGCGGAGCGCGGCGGCGGCGGCGGCCCCGGCGGCGACGCGCAGGACUGCGGGGCUUCGGCGGCGGCUGGAGGAGGAGGUGCCGACGGAUCGGGCGCGAUGACGGCGUCCAUGAAGCAAGCCAAGGCGCAGCGGGCCCGGACCAUGGCUCUGUACAACCCGGUGCCGCACCGGCAGAACUGCCUGACGGUCAACAGGUCGCUGUUCAUCUUCGCGGAGGACAACAUCAUCAGGAAGUACGCACGCCGAAUCAUCGAGUGGCCGCCAUUCGAGUACAUGAUCCUGGCCACCAUCACCGCCAACUGUGUGGUGUUGGCUCUGGAGCAGCACCUGCCUGGAGAGGACAAGACCCCCAUGGCCAAGAGACUGGAGAAAACGGAGCCGUACUUCAUUGGCAUCUUCUGCUUCGAGGCGGGCAUCAAGUUAUUGGCGCUGGGCUUUGUUUUCCACAAAGGCUCCUACCUGAGGAACGGUUGGAACGUCAUGGAUUUCAUCGUCGUGCUCAGCGGGAUCCUGGCAACGGCAGGCGCGCACAUGAACAUCCCCGUGGACCUUCGCACUCUGAGGGCCGUGCGAGUCUUAAGACCCCUCAAACUCGUCUCCGGCAUCCCCAGCCUGCAAAUUGUGCUCAAGUCCAUCAUGAAGGCCAUGAUCCCUCUGCUGCAGAUCGGCCUGCUCCUCUUCUUCGCCAUCCUCAUGUUCGCCAUCAUCGGUUUGGAGUUCUACAGCGGGAAGCUUCACCACACCUGCCUGCCGUCUGUCGACAUCCUCGACAAUGAAACGGUGGAUUCGUCCGAGUUGGCGUUCGCGUGUGGCGUGAGGAAGUGUCCGGAGCGGUACGACUGCAACGACACGUGGAUCGGCCCGAACGACGGCAUCACGCAGUUCGACAACAUCCUGUUCGCCGUCCUCACCGUCUUCCAGUGCAUCACCAUGGAGGGAUGGACGGCUGUUCUCUACAACACUAAUGAUGCACUGGGUCCCACGUGGAACUGGAUGUACUUCAUCCCACUCAUUAUCAUUGGCUCCUUCUUUGUUCUCAACCUGGUGCUGGGAGUCCUGUCUGGAGAGUUUGCCAAAGAGAGGGAACGGGUGGAGAACAGACGAGCCUUCAUGAAGCUGCGGAGGCAGCAGCAGGUGGAGCGCGAACUGAACGGCUACCGCGCCUGGAUAGACAGGGCAGAGGAAGUAAUGCUGGCAGAGGAGAACAAGAAUUCAGGGAGAUCAGCAUUAGAUGUGCUGAAGAGGGCGAGUAAGAAGACGGGCCCACGUCGAGGAGCCCCAGGCGAAGACAAGUACACGGAUAUGUCCACCGCCAGCAUGUCCCGCUCCAGGAUGAACUUCCGCAGCGGUCGGCGCGGUCCGGCCGCUUACCUGCGGCGCAAAGAGCGCAUGUUGCGCAUCUCCAUCCGCCGCAUGGUGAAGACUGACACGUUCUACCUGAUGGUGCUGAGCCUGGUGGCUCUCAACACCAUCUGCGUGGCCAUCGUGCACCACGACCAACCCGACUGGCUCACUAUCUUCCUCUACUAUGCAGAGUUUGUGUUCCUGGGGCUGUUCUUGGCUGAGAUGUUCCUGAAGAUGUACGGUUUGGGUUUCCGCCUCUACUUCCAUUCGUCUUUCAACUGCUUCGACUGUGGCGUUAUCGUGGGCAGCAUCUUCGAGGUGGUUUAUGGCUUCUUCAGGCCCGGUAUGUCGUUUGGCAUCAGCGUGCUCAGGGCGCUGAGACUUCUGAGGAUUUUCAAGAUCACCAAAUACUGGGCCUCUCUCAGGAACCUGGUUGUGUCGCUCAUGAGCUCCAUGAAGUCCAUCAUCAGCCUGCUUUUCUUGCUCUUCCUCUUCAUUGUGGUGUUUGCUCUGCUGGGGAUGCAGCUUUUCGGGGGACGGUUCAUCUUUGAAGAUUACACUCCCACCAACUUUGACACGUUUCCAGCUGCGGUCAUGACAGUGUUUCAGAUAUUAACGGGCGAAGACUGGAAUGAGGUGAUGUACAACGGGAUUCGCUCGCAAGGAGGCGUGCAGUACGGGAUGUGGUCGUCCAUCUACUUCAUCGUGCUCACGCUGUUUGGAAACUACACACUCCUCAAUGUCUUUUUGGCCAUCGCUGUGGAUAAUCUGGCCAAUGCGCAGGAACUGACGAAGGAUGAAGAGGAGGAAGAGGAGUUCUUCAACCAACGGUAUGCCAGAGGCAGAGAUGGCUUAAUAUCUGAUGGCAGAAGAAGACCCUACCUAUACAGGAAACGCGCUAUCCACCGAGGUCGACCUACGUUCCCCGACGAGGCGGACGGAGCGAUGGCAGCCGCGGAUGAGCAGCCCCUAAACAGCUCCAACGCCUUCGCCAACCGCCGUGAGAGACGGAGAAAAGUCAACAUGUCCGUGUGGGAGCAGAGGGCCAAUCAGCUGCGAAAACGCCGCCAGAUGGCUAGCAGGGAGGAGCUCUUCAGCGGCCCCGCCGAGGACACCAUCGAAACCCCCAGUACCCACCACGUGCCCGCGCUCUCCUCAGAAGCCAGCCCGGCUCACCUGCCCGAGUCCCCCGCGUCCGUGGGGAUGCCCUUACCUGAACCGCCAAUGUCCAUAACUAUCCCCAUACCUGAACCCCCGGUGGCCGAGCCUUUGGUCAACCUCUCUGAGGAGAAAACGGGUGGCGCUAACCACCGAACGACAGGCGGGGGCCGGCACAGAAUGGCCCGCAAGUUCAGACCCAGUCAAGGGCCAGAGGAAGGGGCCAGACACCGACGCCACCGUCACCGCGACACUCGUGCCGAGGCCAAGAGCCUGGACUGUACGCAUGCCCCACACGAUGUGCCGCUGGUCAAGCGCUCACUCAGUCAGGAGAGGAGGAUCCUGGACGAGAGGGAGGAGCAUGAGGAGAAAGCUGAGGCAGAGGGCCAGGUCCAGGACAAUUCUGGAAUGUGUAUCGUCAACCCGUAUGCAGACAUUGGAGAAGAUGGAAGGAUGUCCGAUAUUCCCGAACCUCCUCAGUGCGAGCGGCUUCUGGAUUGUCCAACCAUCCCAGUGGAGACGGCUCUGGAGGCCACGGAGUACACCGUAUGCACCCUUGAAGCUGAGAAAUGUUCGGGCUCCCUCCACCGCGACAAGUCCAAUCCAGAAAGAUGCGUGGCCAUUGAGAUGUCCGCACAACCGCUGCUGGAGUUGACACCCAUGACAGUGAACAGUAAAGAGUUGGAGGCCUAUCAUUCUGAGCAGAGAGACAAAGAGGAAGACACAGAAGAAGAGGAACCUCCUAUUCCUCCCAAACCUGUAGCUCCGGACAGUAUGUUCCUCUUCAAGGCCUCCAACCCGAUCAGAAGGAUUUGCCAUUACAUUGUCACCAUACGUUACUUCGAGAUGACCAUCCUACUCGUGAUUGUGGCGAGUAGCAUCGCGCUGGCCGCUGAAGACCCCGUGUCCACCAGUUCGGAAAGAAACAAGGUCCUGCGUUAUUUUGAUUAUGUCUUCACCGGGGUGUUUACCUUUGAAAUGAUCAUCAAGAUGAUCGAUCAGGGCCUCAUCCUGCACGACGGCUCCUACUUCCGAGACAUGUGGAACAUCCUGGACUUCAUCGUGGUGGUGGGGGCGCUCAUUGCCUUCGCUCUGACGAAUGUGAUGGGAAACAACAAAGGUCGUGACAUCAAGACCAUCAAGUCCCUUCGCGUUCUGAGAGUCCUGCGGCCGCUCAAGACCAUCAAGAGGCUUCCGAAACUCAAGGCCGUGUUCGACUGCGUGGUGACGUCCCUGAAGAACGUCUUCAACAUCCUCAUCGUGUACCAGCUCUUCAUGUUCAUCUUCGCCGUCAUCGCCGUGCAGCUCUUCAAGGGCAAGUUCUUCUACUGCACCGACAGCUCCAUGAACACGGAGAAGGAGUGCCAAGGCUACUACAUCGACUACACCAGAGACAAGAAGGAAGUGAAGAGGAGAGAGUGGAAGCGACACGAAUUCCACUACGACAACGUGUGCUGGGCCCUCCUCACUCUCUUCACCGUCUCCACCGGCGAGGGAUGGCCUCAGGUGUUGCAGCACUCAACCGACGUGACGGAGGAGAGCAUGGGGCCGAGUCGAGGGAACCGCAUGGAGAUGUCUGUUUUCUACGUGGUGUACUUUGUGGUCUUCCCCUUCUUCUUUGUCAACAUAUUCGUGGCUCUGAUCAUCAUCACCUUCCAGGAGCAGGGCGACAAGAUGAUUCAGGAGUGCAGUCUGGAGAAGAAUGAGAGGGCCUGCAUUGAUUUUACCAUCAGCGCCAAGCCCAUGACGCGCUACAUGCCCCAGAACAGGCAAACCUUCCAGUACAAGCUGUGGCACUUUGUGGCCUCGCCCUCUUUCGAGUACACCGUGCUGGUGAUGAUCGCCCUCAACACGGUGGUCCUCAUGAUGAAGUACCACUCGGCCCCCACAGCCUAUGACACUGUCCUGAAGCACCUCAACACAGCCUUCACCGUCCUCUUCUCCCUGGAGUGCAUUCUCAAGAUCAUGGCGUUUGGUUUUGUGAAUUAUUUCCGAGACACCUGGAAUAUUUUUGACUUUAUCACAGUGCUUGGCAGCAUCUCUGAGAUCGUUGUGGAUUUACAGUCGAUGAACAGCAUCAACAUGAGCUUCCUAAAGCUCUUCCGAACAGCCCGCUUGAUCAAGCUGCUGAGGCAGGGUUACACCAUUCGCAUCCUGCUAUGGACCUUCGUUCAGUCUUUCAAGGCACUUCCUUACGUCUGCCUGCUCAUCGCCAUGCUUUUCUUCAUAUACGCCAUCAUCGGAAUGCAGGUGUUUGGAAACAUCAAGCUGAAUGACGAGAGCCACAUCAAUCAGCACAACAACUUUAAGACUUUUUUCGGCGCGCUCAUGCUGCUUUUCAGGAGUGCGACGGGGGAGUCCUGGCAGGAGAUCAUGCUUUCCUGUCUGUCGGGUCAGGGGUGCGAGCCCGACCCAUCCAUCGCCCCCUUCACCUUGUCUCCGAACCACGAGGGGGGCUGCGGCACCGACUUUGCAUACUGCUACUUUGUCUCCUUCAUCUUCUUCAGCUCCUUCCUGAUGUUGAAUUUGUUCGUGGCUGUCAUUAUGGAUAACUUUGAGUACCUGACACGAGACUCCUCAAUCCUCGGACCGCAUCACCUGGACGAGUUUGUCAGGAUCUGGGGAGAAUACGAUCGUCUGGCAUGUGGGCGCAUCCACUACACCGCCAUGUAUGAGAUGUUAACACACAUGUCUCCUCCCCUGGGCCUGGGCAAAAAAUGCCCUGCCAAGAUCGCUUAUAAGAGGCUGGUGCUGAUGAACAUGCCGGUGGACGAGGACAUGACGGUGCACUUCACCUCCACGCUCUUGUCGCUCAUACGCACGGCACUGGACAUCAAAAUAGCCCGAGGUGGCGAGGACCGCAUCGCCUUGGAUGUGGAACUGCAAAAGGAGAUCAGCAUCAUCUGGCCCUACCUGCCCCAGAAGAACCUGGACCUUCUGGUUCCCAUCAACAAAGACACGGACAUGACGGUGGGGAAGAUCUACGCCUCCAUGAUGAUCAUGGACUACUUCAAGCAGAACAAGGCCAAGAAGCUGCGGCAACAGCUGGAAGCUCAGAAGAGCAACCUGAUCUUCAAGCGUCUGGAUGCGUCCACCCUCCCUGAGGACAUUCUGUCCAACGCGCAGCCUCUGGCCAUGAUGGCCCACAGCGCUGGAUCCGCCCUGACACGAGGGGGUUUUGUGGCCUUGAGUCCCAUUUCACCACAGGAGCUGUUUCUGCAGUCCAUAAACUCAGACACGGAUGCUGGUCAACAACAGAACCUGACGGAGGGUGCCGGUGGAUCAAUGAAGCGUUCCGCCUCUUCCGCAUCAGACCAGCACGUCAACGGUCUUUGGCCGGAAGAGAAAAGUCCCGAGCGCUUUUAUCGACCUCGUCACAAGAGCUACAAGGCGGCAGUGUCUCGGUCCGAGCACUGGCAGCGGGGCGAGCGGGACCGAGGCCGGUCCAAGGAGCGUUGCCACCUUCUCUCUCCGGGCGCGUCGCGCUGCAACUCGGAGGAGCGCAGCUUGCAGCCGUCGCGUUCCUCCAGCGUGGAGAGGACACGGCACCGAGACAAACAGGGUAACAGCUCAGACAGUCCCGUGCCCUCCACAUCGGAAUCCAGCACCCCCAGUGUCCGACGACCUUCAUCGCAGACCCCCACCCGCUCUCGUCCUCACAUCUCCUACUCACCGCUCGUGUGUCGCGCCGACCCUUCCGUCGGCGAGGACGACGAGACAGAGACCGCCGGGGGGGACCGGGAGGCCGUCGGCGACGAGCGAGGGGGCGAGGCGGGCCUGCACCCGUCGCCUCUACGGCGCUUCCCCUCCGAGCCCUUCCUGGCCUCGCAGGAAGAGGACCACAGCCCCGAUCCCACCGGCCCCAUGGAGACGUUGACCUUCGAGGCGGCCGUGGCCUGCAGCCUGGGACGCUCAAACACCGUCAGCUCUGCCCGCCCGCGCUUGCGGACCGGCUGGCAGGUCCCCAACGGACACUUUCGCAAGCGUCUGGCGCAGACGGCCUCAGUGGCGGGCAACGACCCGCUCAGCGACACCGAGGAGGAUGACCGCUGCUAGGGACAAAGACACAGCGACUCUUUGCUGUCAAUAUUUUAAAACACAAGCUGACAGCAACAAAGAAAAACUUCUUCCUGAAACUGUCCUUGCCAAUUCACAUCAAACAAUUACUAUUUAAAAAGCACAAAAAAAAAAAAAAAGCACAAAAAAAAAAAAAAAAAAAGGUCUACUUCCUGCCUUCUACUUGAUGAGAGAGGAACAAUUGUUCAUUGGAAGCAGCCACAGGAUGAAAGGAUAGUAAAGUGGGGUAAACACAUAUGAUUUUUGUUCAUAAAUAGUAAACGUAUUUAACAUUUAGAAUUGUCGGCCCCGACCGUUUUCCCAGCAGCUUGGGGAGAAAAUCCACUCAGCCCGAUUGUACAGUAGUUAACGCGUGUACCCUGCUUAAAAAUACAGUACUGGGCAAAAGUUGAAAUAGCGCAUUAGCCUCAUUUCACACAGCAACACGGUAUCCCACGACUUUGUUCUGCCGUGGUGCAUGGGCCUCGGAAAAACCUAUAACAUUUUGGUGAGGGUCUGGAUAAAGGUCCGGCUACUAUUUUCGACACAUUUUAAAGCAUCAAUGGAGCAGUCCACCCCCAAGAAUCAUAAUGGCACCUCCCGUCUGUUUGCCAUGCUCCGCGAACCAGAAGGCGGCCAAACUCACAAAUGGACAACAGAUUAAUUUUUUUGUUAGUUUCGUUUUUCAUUUUUGUUGGUUUUGGUGGAGGUUUAUGCUCAAUCUACUGACAUUGUACCAAUACAAUAUGGUCAUUAUAGCAUUUAUAAACAGGAAACCUAAUGGCGACCUCAGACUUUUCCACAGUACUGUACAAUGAAUCAAAUGAUAGCCAUUAGAUGAUUUAGUGUUGCUCAUUGCAGUGUUUAAGUUUAGUGUGAAUAUGUAACUACAUUUUCCUAUCAAUGACUUUUCUGUAAAUACAUUGUGACCAUCACAGCAUCCACACAAAGAAACUAACAACUUUUCCAAGUAUGGAUCACCGAACGACAGUAGUGCUGGAUUUUAUUUAUUUAUAUUUUUUAAAUACACUAUGAAUGGAUCUGCAUGGGGGGGGGGGGUCAUUUUUCCCCCCCCAUCUAAUUCAUUACUUGUGAGAUAAGAAUGCACCUGUAGAAUAAUAGAAAACACGCUUCUUUGUCAUUUCAACCAGCUAAAUUAACCUUUAAAAUCUUUCUUCUAUAUCAUUCCUGUUUAAUGUUUUUGCCAGUCGACAGACACCCUUUACAGAUGGGAGCAAUGUAAUCUAUCAGGAACACCAUCGACACUUUAUAUCAGUUGAUCAUUUUUUACCUUGUGAAUAUUCAAAAUAGAAACCAGUGCAGACAGUGACUGUAGAGACACAUCACUACACGUUUCUCUACUACUUACUAAUAAUGUACAGAGGCUCUUUGUAACGUUUAGGAGAAAAUAAAUAAAUCGUAAAAAGGCUGGUAAGCUUUAGAAGUCAAAGCUUUAUUUUGAAUGGUCGCUAAAGAUUUGCGUGUUUGUUCAAAUUGCCCGAACAAACACAAAUCUGUGACAAUCACGAACCCCACCCCCCCAAAAAAGAUUUGUUUCAUGAGU